ACAUUUAUAUACCGUCUAUAUACCGUCUACACACUUCUUUCGUACGACAAGGCAAGUGGAGAGUUUUGCACAGUUUCUUCGCAUCCCGAAAGUACCAGACUACGUCAUCAUGGUGAAGGUUAACGGUAACGACGCCCUGACCAAUGGGAACCACGAGAAGAUUUUCAAAGAAGACGGAAUCAGUGCCUACGCUCGCCCGGAUCUUCAUCAAGGUCUGUUGGACGAUAAGGUUCGCACCGACUUCUACAAGAACACCAUCCUCAAGAACAAGGACCUGUUUGAGGGAAAAGUUGUCUUGGACAUCUCGUGUGGUCUGGGUAUGAUGUCAUUAUUUGCCGCUGAGGCUGGGGCGAGGAAAGUCAUUGGGGUUGAGCCAAGCGCGGUGGCGGACCAAGCAGUGGACAUCGUGAAAGAUAACGGACUCGAGAACGUGAUUACCAUAGUGAAGGGAAAACUGGAUGACUUAGAACUGGAGGAGAAAGUGGAUAUCAUCAUCAGUGAAAUCAUGGGCGUAGGUCUGAUCCACGAAACCGGCAUACGUUCGCUUCUCGAUGCAAGAAACAGGUUUCUGAAACCAGGUGGUCUCCUUCUUCCCGACAAGAACAACCUCUAUAUCUGCGGUGUGGAGGCUAAAAAGUUACAUGACAGACACAUCGGAUAUUGGAAUGACGUCUACGGGUUUGAUUUCUCGGAGAUGGGGACGCACGCCAAGUCCUACGCCUGGCACGUGCCUCUAAAGGAGAGACAGAUCGUCACCGAACCCGCGCUUCUUAAGGAAUAUGACUGGUCGACCUGUGCUGCUGGUGACCUCUUCUUCUCCACGCCCUUCACUCUCAUGUGCAAGAAGAACGACAAGAUCCACUCCCUUGCCAUCUACUUCGACAUUCAGUUCAACAACUCCGACAGGCUGUCCACGGGUCCAGAGGCUGCAUCCACUCACUGGGGACAGCUUGCCUUUCACCUGGAAGAAGUACUGGACGUUAAAGAAGGGGACACGAUUCAAGGGACCUUCUCAGUGAAGCCACACGGGGAGUGGGACUUGGAGUUCCAGCUGAAGAUUGACUACAAGGAGACGUCCCUGACCAAGGCGUACUAUCACUACUGCCCGGUGUCUCCCAACGGUUCACAUGUCAUGUACACCACUGACGAGUAGCUCCAACCGCCAAUCAAACGGUUCACAUCUCAUGUACACCACUGACGAGUAGCUCCGACCGCCAAUCAAACGGUUCACAUCUCAUGUACACCACUGACGAGUAGCUCCAACCGCCAAUCAAACGGUUCACAUCUCAUGUACACUACUGACGAGUAGCUCCAACCGCCAAUCAAACGGCAGAUUCUUCGAUAAAAUAAUAUGUAAUGAUAUGUGAUUCGCAAGGUGGCUGCAUUCAUUCAUCGGUAUAUGCAAUAAAUCGAUUAUAGCUGAACACCAAUCAGGUUUCUCUAUUUUUUAACAUAAGAGUUUGCAAUUGGUGGCACUGUACCGUAGCUUUACAAGAUUUAAGUAUCUACAUGUAAUGAAUUAUAACAUACUUGUCAGGAAGGCUACACUGUAUUAAGCAUACCGUUUACAUGUAUGCAAAGUAUCCAGAUUUCCAACAAACAAUGCCAACGAGUAUAAUAUCUAUUUCUCCAUCAAAGUUCACGUCGACAUCCAUUUAUGACCCUAUGACAACAUAACCUGGAAAACAAAACAAAAUAAAACAGUAAUUAUUUUUGACAUAAUUUAAAUCAGCAUGUCUCUUUAAUUCAUUUUCUAUUUCUACUAUCAGUUCACAGUGUGAUGUUAUUCCCUUCAUAGACACAUAAGAGCUGAACAUUACAAUACUGGCACUGUAACGCUGUAGCUAAAUUUAGAAUAAGUAAUCAAUAAACUCAUCAAG